AUAAAUUUGGUAGGUGUUAAAUGGCUAUCAUGAAGGGAAUGAGGAUGUCGAGUGGGCCCAUCAACUUCGCGCGUAGUCGCAGCACAUCAGGGAGACGAGGACGUCACAACUCUGUAGAUCUUAUAUGUGACGUUACCCCAGUAUUGGACGUGGGCCAUACUCGGUCUAUUAGUCCACAAGGUUCCAUUCAUGCAGCAGCCUCAUCCCAUAAUGAGAAGCAAAAGGGAAGAGGUCCAAACAAACCAAAAAGGGCUGCAAGAAAAGCAGAUGAAAGACCAUUUAUACAAAUUUCGCAUAAAGGCACCUUCUUGGAUAUUGAAGUCCCCAGAUUGAUUACGACCCUAUGGAAGAGGGUUUAUGAUGGUGAUUACUUCACCUAUGACUUGUUCCCAGAACAGAAAAGGCUACAAGUGUGGGAGUUGUUUAAGACACAUUAUCAAUGGGGUUUAGAGGAUGAGGAUGCAGUCCGAAAGACGUUCUUAAGAUCAAUGAAGAAAGGAUGGGGCGAUAAUAUGAAGGAUGAACGGGAUAAGUGGCGUGCAAACGGUGAGUAUAGGCCGGUAUGGGUGCCUGAGCACCUAUGGCCUACAUUAUGCGCUUAUUGGGAUUCUGCUGAGUUUCACAAUCUUAGCGAGAGGGGAAAGAAAAACCGAGCAUCUGGGGAACGAGUUACACACACUACAGGAUCAGUAAGUUUUGAUGUACAUGAAGAACGGAUGACCAAAGCUACUGGGGGGGUAAGGCCAGCACACCAAGAGCUAUACAAGGAAACACAUACUUUACGAAAAGGUGUCCCACAAGGACAAGAAGCUCCAUGGUGUGGUGACAAACAUAAGACUCGGCAUGAUACAUACGUCAAUGAGUGCUCUGCUACAUAUGGCUCGGACUCAGCAUCAUGGCCACCUCGGGACAAUGACGCUUGGGCAACUGCUGUUGGGGGAUGCCACAGCAAUUUCAUGCCAGGAAUUGGUUCACAGGUAAACCCAGAGGAACUUGGGUUUACAUAUAGAAAACGACAACCAAUGGGGACUUCAUAUGUGAGCCUAAUGAUAUCAGACAUGGCUGAAAAACAAGCCAAAGAUAGGGAGGCAAUGCAAAUGAUGCGAGACGAAAUAGGGCAAGUCAAAGAGCAACGAGAAGCAAUGCAACGGAUGCUGGAAGACAUGGGGAAGAUGCAGGCAUCUCUAUCGCAGCAAUUUGCUACUUUUAGUGCCUACGGGAUGCGCCCACCUACUGCUACCCCAUCAUUGCCUCACACUGGGCAAGCAUUUCCUCCUGUAGGGACAUCAUUCCCUACUGCUGGGCCAUCGUUUCAUGCUAGUGGGCCAUCAUUUCCUCAUGCAAUGCCAAUGCAAAUGCCAAUAGAACCUGCAUUCCCUAUGGGCCAAAUGGGGAGACAAUCAGGAUCUCCAGGUACACCUUCAACCAAUCCCCCACAAGAUGAUUAUGGUUACCAGCCGAGAUUUAAUGCAGAUUACCAAGGUCCAUUUGGGCCGGAAUGAUCAGUGUGCAUGAGAUUGCGAACGCAAAACUUGGCAUGUUCUUGAUACUUGAGGAAAAUACUUUUAGUUUCUGGGUUUGUGAUUUGAACUUGUUAGGACAUGUGUGUAUAUGUCAGUUGGAAUUGAAUGGUUUGUGGUAAUAUUAACUGUAUUAUUAUGACUUGCAAGUUUAGAAUAUGUAAAUAGUCAUGUUAAAUGUUGCACGUGGUACUUAUAUACUUAUCUUUUAAUUUAUGAUUAUGAGAUGAGGGAAUUAUAUGAGUGGUACAUAUUUAUAAUAAUGUGAUGAAUUGAAA